UGGCCCAUACCGCUAUCACUAAAAUAAAUGGCAUUUAACUCAUUUGAAAAAUAUCGCCGGGAGUGGAGACAUCCAGAUUCUGAAGCAAUCAUGUUCCACAAGUAAGAAGUUAUUGGUGAAUCCAACUACCCUCUGACUUCAUGCCUCUGAUUCCACUCCACUAAUCCUAUGUCGACAUCCGUUCUACAACACCCCUUACUAUUGGCGGUCGCCGUAUCGCUCUGCGUCUACUCCGCCGUGUGUUUGCCCGGAGACUUGAUCAUCCAACACAGCCAGUCUUACGACGGCGGUUUGUGCCUCAAUCUUGUCGAACCUUGGGGUUAUAACUGCGUAGAACACACGACUGAAACAAAUGAUGGGUUCUUGCUAGGUCUUCAACACGUGUCAUCAGGCAUUGUUAAUUCGGGUGUAGAAAAAGCACUUCCUGUUUUACUCCUACAUGGACUCUUUAUGGGCGGUGAUGCUUGGUUUAUGGAUUCCCCUAAUCAAUCAUUGGGUUUUAUUCUUGCGGACCAUGGUUUCGAUGUUUGGGUCGGAAACGUGCGUGGAACAAAAUGGAGCCAUGGGCAUUCAUCUUUAUCAGAUGGAGACAAGGAAUUUUGGGAUUGGAGUUGGCAAGAGAUGGCUCUUUAUGAUCUUGAAGCAAUGCUUUCUUAUAUAAAUUCCAAAACUGACUCCAAAGUUUUCGUUGUAGGACAUUCACAGGGAACGAUAAUGUCGUUGGCUGCUUUUACUCAACCGGACAUUGUUAAUAUGGUUGAGGCUGCUGCUCUUCUUUCUCCUAUAUCAUACUUGGAUCACAUCACGUCUAAAUUUGUUCUUAAUCUUGUUAAUUUGCAUCUUGACGAGACACUAUCAUUACUUGGAAUACACCAACUCAACUUGAAGAGUAACAUCCUCACCAACAUCUUAGAGAUGGCUUGUGAUGGUGGGCGUGCUGAUUGCAGUGAUAUGUUAGCAGCCAUCACAGGUGAAAACUGCUGCUUCAACAGCAGUCGUGUCGAUUUCUAUCUCGAAUACGAACCUCAUCCUUCAUCAUUAAAGAACUUGAAGCAUCUUUUUCAAAUGAUACGCAAAGGUACUUUUGCAAAGUAUGACUACGGGACUCUGAAAAAUGUACUACAGUAUGGUCAAACAAAACCGCCAGCAUUUGAUCUCAGUUUGAUCCCUGAAUCGUUGCCUAUAUGGAUGGCUUAUGGAGGAAACGAUGCGUUGGGAGAUGUAGUCGAUGUGCAGCACACGCUAAAGGAACUGAGAUCAAAACCGCAAGUUUUGUUUCUUGAGGAUUAUGGUCAUGUAGAUUUCCUCUUGAGCACAAGAGCAUAUGAAGACCUUUAUGAUAACAUGAUCAGAUUCUUUAGAUCCUGUGGAAAUGGGAUUUCCAGUAGCUCUUAAGAGAUAUAAACAUGACGGUAUGUCCGUUCAUAUCAUAUUAUUUAUGGGUCGUAAAAUAGGCGGGCUACGGGUCAUUUUUACUUUAGUAUGGGCCAAAAUGUGGAAUUCCUUUUAGAAGUGCUGUAUAUAAAAACAUCACUGUAACUAUUGUAUUUUUUUUCUGGAUUUUCAAAAAUAUGGUAACUGGGUUUGCUAAGCCUGUAAUGUUGAAAUCAUGAUGGGUUGUGUCAAAUAUAAGGUUGGCUAUUCUGACA